AUGUUCUUAGUGCUCUUCCCGUGGGUUAGCGGUGAUGAGUGGCUUCAAGCGUUGCCUCGUGCAUUAGUCUCUGGAUUCGUGAAGACUGAGAAGAUGUUUCAGAGAAGAGGAAAUAGAAAGAAAACAAUGGAAGCGGCAGUGGUAAUAGCAGAAGAGGCAGUAAAGGUGGUGGUCUUGAGCAAGAGGAGAAGGCAUAGGAGCUUGAUGGAGGAGGAGGUACGGCUACGUCGGAGCUUGAUAGAGAUGGCGGCGAGGACGACUAUGAACGGAGAAGGGAGUGGCGGCUUAGAUUUAGGUUUUAGAUUUAAUUUGGUUCAUUAA